UUAUCCAUAAAUAUUUAUUAAAUAAUUCUAAGUCUUAGAGCUGCAGAGGUGAAGAAGAGAGACUAGCUCAGCCCCUGUCCUCAUGUAGCUUACAUCCAGUGGAGGUUGUUUGGGUGUCAGAGAAAGGUGGUGGCUUUUUCCAGGCAGGCUAAAGGAGCGAGGUCACAAUGUGUACUUUGUGAUGAGAUCUAUUAUAUAACUGGGAUAACACCAAGGGCCCCACUGAGGUAUUCCUUCCCCUCGCAGGACUAGCCACAUGCUGUCUCUCUGCCCUGGCCUCUUCCACCCCAUGCCUAGUCAGGGUCCUUUUUUGGGGUGAGCAAAUGGAUAGUGAGGCAGGAGAGGAGGGGUUGGAAGGAGGUGGAGGUUGGAGGGAUGGGGAGCUGUGGAGGCCGACAGGACAGAGGGAAGCUGGUGCUGCCUGUGGCCUCAGCCCCUCGUCCUUCCAGGUAGAGAAGCCAGUCUGCGGCCCACCACGGGAGCCACCACCUGGGUCAGACAUGAAGCGCUGGCAGAUUUUUGUCCUGUGGGUUUUUUGGAUGCUCAUCCUCUGGCUGAUGACCCCCUAUCUGGAUCUGACACCUGAAUCAGCACCCCAGGAAAAACGAAUGUACUUGGUACUACGGCGUUGCAACUGCCCUUGGUUCAGUUCGGGGAAGUGUGGCUGCCCUUCUGAGACCCUCAACUGCUCCUCCUGCGGCUACACAGCCCACAAAUGGAACUGGCUUGAUACAUGCUCCAGGAAGACCACGGGGUACCUGUUGAGGACAAGAGAGUCUAUGACCUCUGACACUGUGCCCUGGUGGUUGGGCAUGAACUCAGGAAGCCAGCUUGAGAAAUGGUGGAGGAAGCUGUCUAAAGUGAUUCCCAGGCUCUCGGUGAGCCAUUUUGAUUUCUAUUGUGGGACUUGUGUGCUGUUGGGGUGCCCACAUACCUUGCAGGGCUUCACCCUUGGCAACGACAUCGACCAAUACCCUGUGGUUUUCAGGAAUGCCAGUGACCAGGGCUCCUGGAUGCAGCUGGAGAUGCUGCUGCAGAAGCUCUCUGACCUGGUGUGGACUUCAGAUGAUCUAAGUGAUGAGGUGAUGGAGGAGGUGUCCCCAAACACUCUCUGUGUGGGGGUGAGGGGAGGUCACUGCAGGGAAUAACAGCAGGGACUCUGGGAAGACCUUCUAUUGGCUUAGUGGAGACACUUGCAGGACUUUCCCAGGUCUUAUGGCCCAAACUCCUCCACCUUCAAUUCUUUCUCAGAUUUUGGAAGAUGGUCUGGUUCCCUAGUGGAGUGGAAGAUAGCAAAGACAUGGUGAGGGGGAAUAGGAAAAGGGGUAGGAUGUGACUGUGGGUUGCUGUGGGAAGGGCCCCAGGUCAGUUCCCUCCCCCUUCCUCUCCAGGUGCAAGCAGGACAACUGGCUGCCUUACCAGGGUCAGUGUCAUCCCUGGGGCCCAAGGCUGUGUUCUGUGUCUUGCACAACUGUGCCCAGGCAGGAAAGAUUCUUGUAUCUUCUCUUAAAAUUCCUGCUCCUCAAUGCCUUCAGCAUGGAGUCUAAAGUUUUCUGCCUGGCUUUCAAGACUCUACAUGUAGGCCAAGCAUAGUGGCUCAUGCCUGUAUCCCAACACUUUGGGAGGCUGAGGCGGGUAGAUCAUGAGG